AUGGGUGUGUUUCCUGGACUUGAUAGCUGGAUCAAUCUGAACACUCAACAGCCUCGUAAGGCCGAGUCCGAUGGAUCUGCGAAUGCUGUAUCUAAUAAAGUGCAACCAAUAGAUCCUAAAUAUUAUGACAAAGAUGAGGUGACAACAAAAAAGGGUCUGUACCAUAUGAACAUAGAAAUGACAGUGGGAUAUCCUCCUGAAGCACUAUACGAGAUGUUCGCUAAUCCUAACAACGAAGAUUACUUCAGACGAGUCAAGGACGGGCGCCCACUUCUGAAAAGCAAAUCAAGAAAGGUUUUGAAGAAAGAUGGACCAAGGGAGAUCGUGGAGCUAGACAAAGCUGUGGCGUGGAACUUCUUUUGGUGGUCUGCACCUUACCCGAUACAACUAAUUGCUGAUGAAAACCAAAAAGAUCUUACAGGAAAAUAUAGGAAAAAGGAAAUGAUGUUCAUGAAAGUGUUCGAGGGUAGCUGGAAAAUAGAGCCACUAUACGUGGACCAGGGACGCUUGUGCAAGUCGAGGGAGCCAAAGAGUCGACAAGAGUACAAAAAUUGUAGCAGCGGACUAGGAAAGAUUGGGACGAAGGUGACCAUGGAGCAGCGUUUUGAGCCCUCUUCUCUUCUUAAUUUACCGCCAAUUUCUUGGUACAUCCGUGAGACCACCAUCAAGACCACGAAGACUCUGCUUGAAGAUUUUCAAAGCAAUGAUUCCUCAAACAGAAAUAUAUACAAGAUUCGAUCGUCAUUUGUUCUUGUUCAGAAAGAAAUGAAUGUAUUUCCUGGAUUUGGUAGCUGGAUCAAUCAGAAUAUGGAACAGCCUCUUAAGGCCGAGUCCAAGAAAUCGGAGAAUGUUAAACCUAAGGACAGAGAAGAAAUGGACAAGCAAGGAAAACUUUGGAGAGAUGCAGAGAAGACGCAUCCAUGGUAUGAUGCUCCUACUAAGGUGAAGGUGACAACAAAAAAGGGUCUUUGCCAUAUGAACAUAGAAUUGACAUUGGGAUUGCCCCCUAAAGCAACCUACGAGCUUUUCACUAAUCCAAACAACUUACCACUUUUUAGUGACAAGUCUUGGCGCCAACUUCUGAAAAACAAAUCAAGAAAGGUUUUGACGGAGGAUGGACCCAGGCAGAUCAUAAAGUCGGAGAAAGCUGUGGCCUGGAACUUCCUUGGGUUCUCUAGAGCUCUCCCAAUAAGUCUAAUUGCAGAUGAAAACAAAAAAGAUCUUACCGCAAAGUAUAAGAAAGAAAAAAUGAUGUAUAUGAAAGUGUUCGAAGGUAACUGGAAAGUAGAGCCAAUAUAUGUAGAUCAGGAGCGCUUGUCCAUAUGCUUUUCUUAA